AAUGAGCCAAACAAGCAAAAAAAAAAAAAUACUUCCGUGUCAUUCAAGCUAUAGGUCCAAUGGUCAAUGUAAACAAUGUCCAAUAAAGAAGUUAAAACCGCACUGAAAAGUGCCAGAGAGGCCAUCAACAACAAAGAGUUCAAAGAGGUCCUAAAGCACUGCAAGACUGUUCUGAAACUUGAAAAGAACAAUUACAAUGCUUGGGUGUUCAUCGGCAAGGCAGCCAGUGAGCUGGAACAACCUGAUCAGUCACAAGCAGCCUAUAAAAAAGCAGUGGAGCUGGAGCCUGAUCAGCUGCUGGCCUGGCAGGGUUUAGCAAAUCUUUAUGAAAAUACUGAUCAGUGGGAUUUCAAAGAUGAGCUCCCCAAUGUCUACCAGAAGCUUGUGGAGCUUUAUGCAAGGACAGAUAAAAAUAAAAGCUAUGACAUGAUCAAAAAGCUGUCCGAUAUUUACCAGUCUGACAGGGACUAUUUGAAGCUGGCUAAGGUUUGUCUCCAGCUCAUCCAGCUGAAGGAAGAUGAGGGUGUGGAUAAGAAGGAGUUAGUGCAGUUGUUGCAAAACAUGACCCAAUUCCUCUCUGACGGCAUCAGCAAUGAGGAGCAGGACAAUGAGACUCAACAGCAUCUGAUAACAGCAUUUGAGAAGGCCAUGAUUCUGAUUGAACCUGUGCCAGGAGAGGAGCACAAGAAGCUGUCGACUGGUUAUAUUAAAUGUCUUUCGAAACUACCACAUGAAGAAGGCAAAAUGAAAGAGGCAUGCCAGUCCAUGUUGUCUGUGUACCCAAGACAAACCUAUCCUCUCGAGGUUCUUAGCAGUCACUACCUUAAAACAAAUAACAUGGAUGAGGAUGCAGUCAGCUGUUUUUCCAGACUCCUGGAACUAGUCCCUAACAAUGGAUUGGGUCACCUGGGUCUUGGUACCAAAGCUCUGCUGGAGGGAAGGUAUAAAGAAGCUGUCGAUGAGCUGGCAAAGGGCAUAGAGACGAUGAGCUCAGCAACAGGAUGGUACAGCCUGGCUGAGGCUCAGUUUAAAAUACACAGAUACUCUGACAGCGCUGCAUCUUGCACACAAGGCUUAAAUGUUUGUAUGUCCGAUGACAAGAAGCAAAAGGACAAACUCCUUCGACUGAAGCUGGAGGCUUUAGUAAGAAGUGAAGGAGAGCAGGGCGCCGAUCAGGCUUUGGAGACAUUUUCCCAGAUUACACAGGCUGAAAAAGAUCCGGUUCUGUUGGCCCUGAAAGGACGUGCAUACCUCAACAAAGGACAGAUUGAUCAAUCACUCAAGCUGUUGUCGGAGCUCGAAGGUUCCAAUCCAAACCUGUCGCAGGGAAUGACUCUGAGAGGACUGGCACAUUUAGCUGAAGGUCAGCUUCAGCUGGCAGAGCAGAGCUUUUUACAGGCUACAAAGCAGACCCCAGACAGUGGGGAAUAUUUUUUCUUCCUUGGAAAACUUUAUUGGGAUAUGGGCUCAGAGACCCGUAAAGACCGGAGUAAAGCUCAUACAUACUUAUUAAAGGCUGCAAAGUUAGAUCCGCAUCUUGGAUGUGCAUUUCGGUACCUGGGCCAUUAUUACCGGGAGGUGGCAAAUGAUAAUGCUCGUGCACAGGGGUGCUACAGGAAGGCUUUUCAGUUAAAUAGUGAUGAUGCUGAGUCUGGAGCUGCUUGGGUGGAUCUCAGUAUGGGACAGGGAGAUAUGGAUAGUGCAUUGGCAACACUUGAGUCAGUGAUAGAGAAAGCCACUCCAGGCUCAGCUAAGUGGGCCCAGAUGAGACGAGGCCUGUACUACCUGAAGGUUGGAGAGCAUCAACCCGCCAUAACUGAUUUGCAGGCGGCUUUGAGGGCGGAUCCUGAGGACUGGGUUUGUUGGGAAUGUUUAGGCGAAGCGUACCUUAACCGGCGGAGCUUCACAGCAGCUCUGAAGGCCUUCGACAAAGCACAUCAGCUUCAGCCCAGCUCCAUCUACAGCGUCUACCGGGCAGCUGCCAUCAAACAGACUCUGGGAAAGUUCAAAGAGGCAGUGGAUGAGUAUUUGCAAAUCACAACACAGCAGGACUAUGUUCCUGCUCUUAAAGGUCUUGGGGAGUGCCAGCUGUCUUUGGCAAAGAGUUUAAUGGAAGACUGCAGAGAUGGAGGAGCCAUUGACCUCAUUCAAGAAGCCAUACACAACCUCUUCAGAGCUGUGCAGCUGCGACCAGACCUGUCUUGUUUGUGGAAGCUGCUGGGAGACGCUUGUACUGCCGUUAGAGUUGUCUCGCCAAGCAGGGCUCGAGUUGUGGUGCCAACCUUAUUGACUGGAUUCGACUGCACCAUAAAGGAUCGCAUGUUGAACCAAGCUCAGACACUCAAAGCUGGUGCAAGGUGUUACGCUCAUGCUUUGAAGUUAAUGCCUGAGGUUGCCAGCCUUUGGUAUGACUUAGGGUUAAACUAUUACCACCAGGCCAAUAUCAUACCUUGCCCCACAGAUGAACAACAACCUGGCCCCUCUUUGAACCUGAAGAAGGCACAGGAGUGCUUGAAAAAAGCUAUCCAGAUAGAGAGUGGGAACCAUAGCUACUGGAAUGCCUUGGGAGUGAUUUCUAUGGGCAAAGGUCUGGAGAGCUAUGCUUUGGCUCAACAUUGCUUCAUCAAGUCCAUACAAGUUGAGCCAAAUAAUGUCGUUGCGUGGACAAACCUCGGUACGCUGUAUUUAAAAAAGGACAAUAUGGAGCUUGCACAUGAAGCCUUCAAAAUUGCACAGUCUUUGGAGCCACUGUACGUCAACUGCUGGAUUGGACAGGCGCUCAUCGCAGAACGCGUGGGAAGCUACGACACUAUGGAUCUUUUCAGGCACACCACAGAACUCAGCACACAUAUGGAAGGGGUCAAAGGUUAUGCCUACUGGGUUUGUUCCACCCUUCUGGAUAAGAGUAACAGAGACAGUGAACUGUACCGCUACAACAUUGUGCAAAUGAAUGCCAUCUCUGCUGCUCAUGUAGCACUCUGCAAGUACACAGAAAGAAUCCAGUCUGACCCAGAUGCCUUUAUUAUGCUGGGUUACCUUAAUGAACAUCUACAGCUGAAGAGGCAGGCCUUACAGGCAUACCAAAGCGCUGUUGAACUUCUUCAGUCCAUGUCCUCUUCAGAAAUAUUGGUCUUUUCACUUGGCAGCUAUGCCCGUGCUUUGUGCAACUCAGGCCAAUGGGAGGAAGCAGUGCAAGUUUUUAAGUCCACUCCACUUCAGGAUCUUAGUGACCUGGUAGGGCUGGCUCUGGCCUACUGGAGGGCGAGACUCUUCCCUGAAAGCAUUAGCGCAUAUGAGCGUGCCUUAGCUGUGACGUCCAGUGAGAAGGAGAAGGCUUAUAUCUUGACUGCUCUGGCCUUGCUGCAGCACCAACAGGGCAACCUAGACUCAGCCAAGACUCUGCUUUUCAAAUGCUCAGUGUUAAAGGAGCCGAUCUCAGAGUCUCUGCUUUGUUUGUGUGCGCUGGGAUUGGUGCACAGUGAUGCUGCGCUAGCUGCUGCUGCUCUGACUGAGCUGCUAAAGCAAGGUUCUGCCUCAGGUGGGUUAGUAGAGCAGCAAUGUCUGCUCACUUGCUCCUUGCUGGCCCUUCAGGGCAACUACAGUGCAGUACAAAGAGAGGCCUCCAGAGCUGUUCACAGUAAUCCUGGAAAUCCAUCCCUUUGGGCUUUUCUGUCCAGAGUGAUACCGCAAUAUUACCCCAGAAAGGCGCAGGGGGGCGCGGUAGCUGGCCACAUUGCCUGUCUCUUUAGUAUGACUCAAGGGAAGAGGGCGUUGUUGUACAGUGGAGUGAACCAAGUGGCUUGUGGGAGACAUUCUGGAGAAGCUCCUCGCAGGAAUGCACUGAAGACCAUGCAGAAAGCUGUUCUGCUGUGUCCUGAUGAUCCGGCAACAUGGGCAGGAUUAAUGGCAGCCUGUCACACUGAAAACACCUCCUGUUAUCUUUCUGGCUCUGCUCCUCACAGACGGUCACUGGAACACACUCUAAUGUCUGUGGUUUCUGAGAAAGUGCGUAGCGUGGAGGAGAUAGAGCGCCCUCUAGCUCAGGUUCUGGAAGGCUGGGUAUUGCAGCAGGCUGUGGCUGGUCUAAUGCAACAAGGACAGCUGGAGCAGGCUGAGUCCCUCUGCAUGCAGGUUCUCAACGUGUCCCCCGAGCACCCAGCAGUGAUGCUGUCACUGGCACAGGUUCAGUGUCAGCGCCUCCUCUUGACUAGUGGCAGUAAUGUCCUUCCAGAGCAGGUCCUGGAGCAGCUAAACAAAGCUGUAAUGAUGAACCCUACCAACCUUGGAGCAUGGCAUUGGCUGGCUGAGGUGUGUCGUAGCCAGGGCCUCCUGGUGCAGGCUGUAAUGGCUUAUAGACAGAGUCUGCAGCUUGCACUCCAGCUGGGUACGCACAGCUUCCAGGUCGCCAGCCUGCUUCGACUGGCUCUGCUGGCCCUUGGACCCUGUAUGGCUGGAGUCCCUGGAAAUGACUGGAAGGAUCUUGUGAUGGAAGCCACUACAGAGGUUUUGAAGCUGGGCUCCUCUCCCCUGGCCCUCCUCUUCCAGGCCUUGCUCCAGUAUGUAACCAAGAUGGCUGCAAGGGAAACGAGGCGUUUGCUGGAGAGACUCGUUUAUGUUUCACCUGAUGACUUCCCAGUGACGGUGAUGCAGGUGGCAAGUUGGUAUCUCCUCCGACACUUGCAUGCCAAAAAUGACCAGGAACUCGUCAACGUUCUUUUGCAACAUGCUAAAAUGAACGGAAAUCAAAGGCUGUUGGAGUUUUACACAGCGCUAACGUCUUCCUCAUCCUAAAUGUUGCAUCUGCAUCAUUUGGAUGUAAUGGCAUUAACAGCUAGGCAGGUUUCUCCACAAGCAAGGCAUCAGCUUUUCUGCAUUUGCUGCCAAAGGUUAAAAAGAUGUGAAUGUGAGGCAUCAUAAAUCUCAUAUCAAAACUGUUGUUUUAUUAACCUUAUUUUAUUUCAUUUUAUUUUUCUCUGCAUUUUGAAUAUGAAAUCAGUUCUUUUUAAUCAUUACAUAUUUCUAAACACCAUGCAAUCAUGACCAUGUUCAGCAGAAAAUAAAGACAUUUAAUCAUCA